AGUUCCCAUGGAAAUAAAAAAAUCUUGGCAUGAAAAAAACCCAAACCACUGCAGUCUCUCUUAGACACAACUGCAGCUGCACAAACACAACCCAGGGCUGGGCACAAAAAACCACACACAGUAAUCACACACGAUGUAAAACCAAAUGGAGAAACACCCCCUGGAACUCUCAUCAUCACCAUCGGACCCCACCCACACCCACCACUCCCCUCCUCCCCCCAUAACCCCCAUCUCCUCCUGACCACAGCCCUCCCCCCUCCCACCAGCUUUAUUCCUACUCCAAUUUCCCCAUAAAUCUCCCAAAAUCGCACUUUUCCCAAUUAUCCAACGUUCAAAAUUUAUUCCAAGUCGAUUCCGAGGAGGAUGAAGAAUUUCCACAAAAAAACCAAGUCAAACAUCUGAAUCACAAUCAGCUGGAGAGCGUUAAGAGGAGGGGCACCUUCACCCUCCAAUCCACGACAUCCAAACCCACAACCUACAAGCUCUCCCCACUGCUCCAAAAAGGCUCGGAAAUCGCCUACGAAGAGUUCCUCGACUCGAUCGCCUUUCUCGGUCGGAUUUUGUUCAUCUACGUCCCUCGAAUUUUAACGUUUCUAUGGAAAUCUCUAAAAGAAUUGGGCUUAGCUGGAUUCCACUUUAUAAACAUUUUGAUCGGGUUAAAAACCACGAAGGUGACGGAUCUGGAGAAGAAAAUCCACUUUGAAAGAUGCAAAUUUUUAGUGGCAGAGUUGCGGGUGGGGGGUGGGAAGACGACGCUGCACCCCCUGGCGCGCUACAUCCAGCACCAGAUCGCCAAGAGCAAAAAGGAGCGGAUUUUACUGCUGAAUAAUCAGAAGCCGCCGCCGAUUCCGUACAAGUUUUUUACGCCAAAGGGCUUGGAGGUGGAUUUGUCCUUGUUUGACAGGUCGCUGUUCACGAGGAUCACGCCGAUUUUGGGGAAAAUAUUGGAAAAGACUAAUAAGACGGACUCUUGGUUUUUGCAGCAACGCGAGCGGAUCGUGUGUUCCCUCGGCACGGACAAAUCCUUCGAAUUCGAAGCCAAUCAGCAAAUCCACCAGGAAUACAUGACACGACUCGUCAACGAGAUCUUCAAACACGGUCAGGAGCUGGACAAUUUAGAUCACUUGCUAGUGGAGCAAGUGGGCGUUUGGAGCUGUUUGAGAUGCUGCCUCGACGCGCUUCACAAUUCGCACCUCCCCGCCCACAUCCAGCAAGAGCUCAAGAAAAUAAAAAACUCCUCCCCCCUGUUGUCACGUGACGAGGUGUGGUUACGCGAACAGGAAAAACGCGUUGUCAUGGAAUUUUACGAAAGAAAUAAAUUCACCGCUCACGAAAUCGCGUUGGAAGAAUUGAGGAAAAAAUCCCUGUUUCAAGCGAGUUAUUUCGUCUCCAGGGAUUUGUACUUUUUGAGAGAGACCGCCCCAAUUCUGGAAAAGGAAUUAAGUCGCCAACGGCAACCGUGUAAAGUUUACGAGUGGAAAGUUGCCUAUAAAGAUGAGCCACUCUUCACCACCACCAGCUCAACAAUCUUCCACCGAUUAUUCUCCACUUUAAUUUACCGUUACCUAGCAACCUUACUCACCCUCCUUUACUACUCCCUCCAAAAAAUCCCCCUGGACUCCCCCUAUUCCUACCAAGUCCUGUAUAAAAAAACCCACUCCUCCCCCACGUCAAAACCCCACCGGACCCUCCACAGCGAACUCUUCCGCACCUGGCGCCUCGUUUCCAAGGAGAGAUCAAAAUAUUUAUCAAGUUUACACACAAAAAAAAUAAACAGUCGUCAUGGAAACUUUAUUAAUUUCACAAUUUUACAAAGAUUAGAAAACUUGGGAAACUUGUUUAAAUGGUAUUUCUACGGCGUUGCCAUGACGAUAUUUUGGACUGUGAUUUAUAGUUUUGCAAUUUUAGUGAUUAAUUUAUCGUGUUUGGUUGUCGUGGUUACGUGCGUUUUGUGGCCGAUGGUUUAUUGCCUGGGUUACCAUGGUUUUUGUGUUUUAGUUAAAGAUUUGGAUGGGGAUGAGUAUUAUGGGUAUUUUCCGGUGGGGAAGUUUCUAUGGGUCGUGGGGGUUAGUGGGGUUAAGAUUGCGGGAGGGGUGUGGUUUUACUGGUGGGGUGCCCCCUGGGGGGUGUGGUCGUGUUUUUGGUCUCCCUGACGACCUACUUAAUCCGCCUUGGCUACGACUCGCUAAUCUACAACCUCCUGAUAAAAAAGCACGCCCGCGUUCCCAUGGAAACCACCUCGCUCCUCGAGAUCCUCCCAAAACAGCGUAAACUUUAUAAAAUUACGGAAAAACAAGCCUUGUUAAUUUUACUCACAAAAUUAGAGCUCGAAAAACUCACACAUUUUCAAAACUCGACCCUCAAAAAAUUAAACCAACCCAUUUUCGAGUACGAAACCUUUUUCGAACAGUUUCUAAGCCCGUUUUCUUGUAAUUUAAAC